UGGCCGGUCGGGCCCCCCUCGUUCCGCAGCCCCCGCUGUGGCACCCGCUGCCCCGCUGCCCGCCCGGGGCUGGGCGCUGCGGCCUCUCGGGCUGGAGCGCGUUGGGCUUUUCCCCGAGGCGUCCCCGCUGGGCGUACGGCCCCGGCGAACGCUGCCCGACGCUCCCGUUCAAAACCCGGAGCGCGGGGUGGGUGCGGGUUUUCGCAGGGGGUUGGCUCCGGCUGGAGCGGAGGGGUAGAGGUGCCCGGCUGAACUCUCGCCCACCUUUCGAAAAUAACUCGUUUUGAUUCAGGCUUUGGGCUGAAGGUUAUCCCGGCUGUCAUCGGUUUUCGACUCGCCUUUCCAAGACCUGAGGUUUUUAAGAAGAGCUGCCAAUCAAGAGAUCUAUCAUGACUGGCAAUCCACAUAAGAGACUUGCCUGGCGUGACUAUGCCUUUGAUUCAAAGCACAGACAAGAUCCCGAAGAUUCCCACGAGGCCCAGAAGAAGAAAUCAAAAGAGAAGGAAAGAAGACUGGCAGUUAGUCAGUGGGACAUGGAUGUACAAGCCCUCGUUUCAUCUUCUAAAUGGCUUCAACUUCAUGGGCUCAAAAGAAACAAAUUGUCCCUAUCCCAGAUUUUGUCACAGAUUGGAUUCCAGCACAGGAAAGAUUAUGUGGCCACCUUGGGGAAACUUGUGGCUUCUCGGUAUGCGGAUGGCUUGUUUCCUCAAUACAAGAGAGCACAGGAUGGCAGCGUGUAUAAUCUGACAGCCAAAAAAGAACUGAUUCUUCAUUUUGUGGAUUGUCUAAUGGGAGCUAUUGAGCUAUAUAAGCAGCGAAUGGAAUGGUUAACCAGUGAGAGCCGGCAGAUAUUUGGAGUGAUUCAAGAACGGUGCAUUGUCAUUGUUUUGGAUUUUGGCACUGUGGCUCCAAGAGAAUUUGAUCUAUGUCUGGAUGCACUUGCUAUGGUACUUGUGGAACAGGUGACCCAAAUUGCCAAAUUCAACCUCAUUCGGGCUGCUCAGAAUCUUCUGAAGUGGCAACAGAAAUCUACUCCUGUGUCUGAGCAUACUGUAAAGUCUGCUGUUACAUGGCUCUGGAAGCUGGACCGCAUGACAGCUGCCAGCCAUACCAACUCUGCUGAAGCCCUGCUGGAAGCCAUGGGUGAUGAGGCGGUCGAAGCCGUUUAUUACUUUGCUGUGGGUGACGUUCCAGUGGACACAAAGCAGCUACUCCUUGAGAAGGUUUCUGAUGGCCCCUGUCCAGUCAACACUGUAUCGUUCAAUGCUAGGGAAGAUGAAACUAUUAUUUUUCUGAAAGAGUUGAGCUGCUUGGCCUCUGGCAGAUUCCAUGCUUUUGCUGAGAAGAACGACUACAGAGAUGCUACUGGACCUGCACUAAAAUGUGAAGAAGAUGGAAAAGGUCUAAUUGCCCUGAAUUCCAGAAAAGUGAAAGGGCGAAUACCACUAGUGGCUGGUGUCCGUGAAGAUGUCUUUUUGAUCUGGAAGGAGUUGGAGGAAGCCAAGAGUACAGUGAGACAAGUUCAGAAAAUUUUAUCGGAAUCUGACCGGCCUGCUUCUCGAGAUGCAACCAAAGCUGAUCGUCCAUUACAAAAGUAUACAUCUGACAGAUAUUUGACUUCUGAGAAGUGGUUGCAGAAAUAUGGCUUGAAAGCUCAGAAGCUCUCACUGUACGAUGCCCUUGCUGAUUGUACUUUUCGCCAUGCAGAUGGGAUUGUUGACAUAAAAACUAAACCAGGGGAUGAAUCUUCACAAACUGGUGCUGAGACAAAGAGGAAGGUAAUCCAUGCAAAAUACUGUGACAAGUUUGUACACACCUUGUGGAAAGAUGGAUCUGUAGUACACUUAUAUGUUAGCACAGAAAAGUAUAAGCAGUAUGAAGAGAAAAUGAGGACGGCUCUCAGACAAGUGGAAGGAAGGAUUAAAUGGCUUCAGCAAGGAAGCAGAGGGCUCUUUGGGAAUGUGGUUGAAGAUGGUGUCUAUAUUCUUAUUGAUACAUCCCAGUCUAUGAAGGAUAAGCUGCCACUGGUGAAGGAGAAAAUAUGUCAGCUCAUACAGGAACAAUUAAGACACAAAAAGAGAUUUAACUUUGUGAAAUUUAGCGCCCAAGCAGCGGUGUGGCAAGAGAAACUUGCUGAAGUUAAUGAGGAAAAUUUGCAAGAUGCUUGGCUUUGGAUAAAAGGGCUUGAGGUUGGAAGUUCCACAAAUACACUUGAAGCUCUCCAGAUUGCUCUUGCUGAUACUGACACUCAGGCUAUUUAUCUCUUGACUGAUGGGAGACCUGACCAGCCCCCCCAAAUAAUUCUGGCUGAAGUCCAGCUUCAUCGUAAAAUUCCUAUCCAUACUGUAUCCUUCAACUGUGAUGAUACAGAAGCUAAUAAAUUUUUGUAUGAACUAUCUACUGAAACAGAGGGACGGUUUCAUUAUUACAACGUUUAUUUGACUGAUCCUGAUGCUGCAGAGUUUAUUGUUAGUGAAGACAUACAUCUUUUGAAAAGAGAGAUUGAACAAGGAGAAAGAGACCUAGAGAAAGUGAAGACCUUUCAUGCUGAAUGUCUGAUGAUGGAUUGUUGUAAUGGACAAAAUGAUCCAGAGAAUAACGGUAAUCAGGAGCAGAGGCGUCCCGUGUCUGGCGCUGCUCUUAGGGGCAGGCUGGGCUGUGCCUCAGCAGAGCCACCCCUGGCACCACACCAGACACCUGGCGAGCCACCCCUGACCACACCAGACACCUGGCGAGCCACCCCUGGCAGUCCCGCCCCGGGGCAGAAGGCUUUACCACCUGCAGAUAGGAAAAUGCAGAAAGCUGUGAAAAGGACAUCUAAAAGUUCUUUAGACACCUCUUCAGCUCUUUGGUUAAAGAGCCAUGGCUUGGUUGCUCGGCGACUCACCAUCAUGGAUGCCUUAGCUCCGACAGCCGUCCCUCAUGGUACCAAGUACAUCCCAGUCCUGGACAAGCAUGUAGCUUCUAAAGUAUUUGAUGAGAUGUUACCGUUGGCCCACGUUAGCAACGACAAGAAGCGGAUCACACUAAUUAACCCUCAGGCAGUGAAUCUUGAUGCCUAUAUAGAGAAGCUGGAACAAGCAAUUAAAUCCUAUGAAAGGCGCCUAAACCUAAUUAUUUGGAGAGCACUAUCUCAGGAGGAAAGAGACAAGUUUAAAGAGGAUGGACCAGUCCAAUAUAUGCAGCAUAAAGAAGCUUUGCUGGGGGCUUUAGAGAAUUUGGGAUGGCCAAUUUCCUGUGAAGAUGUAAUAUUGUUAGAAGAUGAGAUACUGGCUGCUUUAACAUAUAUACAACAAGCCUCUGAUCUUCAGGAAGCUGUCAAAAAGGAAGCUGAGAAAAGCUCAGAAUCACACAUAAGCAACAAUAAAAAGAGACUUGAAGAAGGAGCUGUGAAGUCAAAGUCUAAAAAAAGACAAAAAGGCCAAGUAUUUGUGACUCACAAAAACCAAAAGGUGAUUGCAAGAUCAGAUGUCACAGGAUUUUAUUAUCCAGGAACUGUAGUAAAGAAUAUCAGUUCUACCUGUGCACUUGUUGACUUCAGCAACGGGGACACCCGGAUUGUACCUGUGAAGUUCACUAUACCUGUGGGAGGUGCUAUGCCAUGCCCAUAUCUGCAGGUUGGAGACUACGUGUUUGCCAGAACUGGGACACAGGCAGGAAAUGAAUAUUAUGUACCUGCCAUUGUCAUAGCAACACCAAAGAGGGUGGAAGUGGGUGACAAACUCUACACAGUUCUGAUGUUCAACUGCAGGAGAGAACACUGUGUAAGAAGCAGGCUUAUUAAAACCAGCCAAACAAAGUAUGCCUUUUCCUGCCGGUAUAUAAGAAUGGUGCAGAUGGUGGAUUAUAUGACUCUGGACAGAGAGACCACAAAGCCCUAUCCUCACUCAUGUGUGGAAGAUGGAGGAGAAGAAGCAAAGAAAAUUAUUCUGAAAGAAGAUAGGGGAAAAAAGAAAAAUAAUAGGAGAGCAUUAGACAAAAGUCAUCCCAGGGAGAGGAUGUUGGAACCUGAUGAACUUCUGUUUGUCUCCAGAAGGGAAGUAAAACAGAGAGGAGGAAAUUCACUGCCUAACAAUGAAGAAGAUUUUGGAGCACCUUCAUUCUCCAUUUCAUCAAUCUGGCGUUCAUCAAGGUGUCAAACCCUGCAGUCACCGAGCGCUUCAGCGCCCAGCUCACCAAAGUAUCCCUGUUGCUUGUACAGUCCUGCUGUAGAAAAGUCUCCAGAGCCUGGUAAAACCAACAUCUCCAGAAAUUAGAGUCACCAUGGAGCAGCAAGGAUUGGCAGGACAGCCUCAGCACCGCUGCGCAGAGCAAAGGGAGCCGCGUGAAGGCUGCGUGAUGAAGGAGCUUGUGAGGGACGGGUGAGGCUGCAGAUGGGAAAGACCUGUAACACCUGUAACUGUAAAAGUUUAUUCCUUGAAUCAAAAAUAAACUGACUAGUUAAUGCCAAAUUA